AUGUUAGCAGCAAGUGUGACACUCAUACUUUUUGUUGUGUCCCUGGCCUUUCUGCAGUUUCUGAAACUGCAAUGGCUACGAAGAAGACUUCCUCCUGGUCCAAUUCCAUAUCCUUUCUUCGGAAAUCUGCUGCAGAUGAACUUCAGAAUUCAUCAUGAGCUCCUUAGAAAAAUGGCCAAAAGUCAUGGCAACAUUUUCACAUUAUGGCUUUCAGACCUUCCUGUCAUUGUCCUGCAAGGCUUCCAGGCGGUGAAGGAGGGUAUGACUGCCCAUCCUGAAGAGGUGGCUGGAAGGCCAACAAACCUGGUCUUUAGGAUGUUGACUGGAGGAAAUGGUGUUAUGUUCUCUAAUGGUCAUCUCUGGAAGCAACAGAGGCGCUUUGGAAUCAUAACAAUGAGGAAACUGGGAGUAGGGAAAAGGAGUCAGGAGCGCCAACUACAAGAGGAGGUCCGUCAUCUGGUGGAAUACUUCCAGAAAACAGAUGCAAAACCUCUGGAUCCCACUGUGCCUCUUGUUCAUGUUGUCUGUAAUGUGAUUUGUGCUAUGGUUUUUGGACAUCGCUUCUCUAUAGAAGAUGAAAACUUUCACCACUUGGUUGAAGCCACUGAUGAUAUAGCAGCAUUUGCGAACAGCAUCUCUUUUUUUGUAUAUGAAAUGUUUCCCCGGUUUGCAACACUUUUCCUAGGAUCAUGCAGGAAGACCCAGUCUGCCAUAAGUUUUCUGAAUGCUUUAGUAACAAAAGAGAUUGAAAGACACAAGGAAAAUAGAAAAACAGAUGAAAAUCGAGAUUUUGUUGAUUUCUAUUUGGAUGAGAUAGCCAAAACUAAAGGAGACGCUGAUGCAACAUAUGAUGAAGCAAACUUGACUCAGACUGUUUUUGACCUCUUUCUGGCAGGUACAGAAACUACAGCUACCACUUUGCGUUGGGCAUUUCUUUAUAUGGUAGUUUAUCCAGAGAUUCAAGAGAAAGUCCAGAAGGAGCUGGACACUGUUCUGGGUCCCUCCCAUAUAAUAUGUUAUGAAGACAGAAAGAAGGUACCCUAUACAAAUGCUGUAAUUCAUGAGAUCCAGCGAUACAGUAAUAUUGUAUUAAUUGCCCUUCCCAGAAUGAGUGUGAAAGACACAGAGCUGCUGGGAUUUCAUAUUCCAAAGAACACUCCAAUUGUAGCCAAUAUUGACUCUGUUCUGUCUGAUCCCGAAAAAUGGGAGACACCUCAACAGUUCAAUCCAGGCCACUUUCUGGAUGAAGAUGGAAAUUUUGUAAACAGAGAAGCUUUCUUACCCUUCUCAAUAGGACACCGAGUAUGCAUGGGGGAGCUUCUGGCAAGGAUGGAGCUCUUUAUUAUCAUCUCCACCUUGUUACAAGCCUUCAGGUUCAUCCUGCCAGAAGGAGUGAAAGAAGUCAACACAAAAUUUGUUUUUGGGGGCACAAUGAAGCCACCUCCAUACCAGCUCCGUGCCAUUCCUCGGUAG